GUGGUGGUAGAUAGAUAGCACUCGACUGAGAUUGCCUUUGGUGAAUGAAUGUGUGAAGCAGUGUAAAGCGGAGAAGCAGAGUGGAGAAAAGAUGUCAUUAUUAUGCUCCAACUCUGUUCAUCUUUCUCUUUCUCCGUUCAUAACGCAAUCGCCACGUGUAUCCUCAAACAACACCAAUAGCGUAGGCUUCGCCAAUAGGGUUUGGCCUUUGCAGAGUUUCAGAAUUGUUGCAAAAUCAAAAUCAAAAUCAAAAUCAGACGCACAAUCCACCCAACACUCAACACCAUCCACAUCCCUUCUCUCUUUUCUCUGUCCCUUGCUCAAGCUUUUCUCUGGACGAGAUCCUUCUCAGCAACGCAAUUUUACUUUGGAGCUAGCAACAUCUUCCUUGGCCAGCUUGUCAAGGUUUGCAUGGGGAACAAAAUCUGUAGUUGAGAGUUCAUUGAACAAAGGGAUCACUUCAAAUGUUCCUAUAAGUUUGCAGCUUUUUGAGUUUGAGGCAUGUCCCUUUUGUAGAAGGGUACGGGAGGCCAUGACUGAAUUAGAUAUUUCUGUAGAGGUCUAUCCUUGUCCUAAGGGUUCUGUAAGACACAGAGAGGUGGUCAGAAGAACUGGUGGUAAAGAGCAGUUUCCUUUCCUCAUUGAUCAAAAUAGUGGUAUUUCAAUGUAUGAAAGUGGGGAUAUUGUAAAGUACUUGUUUGAGCGAUAUGGAGAAGGCAGAAGUCCAUCAUCGGGACUUUUGGAGAGCACUAUUUUCACUGGAUGGAUGCCAACAAUACUUCGAGCAGGUAGAGGAAUGACACUGUGGGAACGUUCCAGGCCUGACUCUCCUCCUGGAAAGUUGGAGCUCUUCUCAUUUGAAAAUAACCCAAAUGCUCGAAUUGUGCGUGAGGCAUUAUGCGAGUUGGAACUUCCUUACCUUCUUCAAAAUGUAGGAGAAGGAUCUCGCCGAAUGAACUUGCUGUUGGAUGCUUCUGGAUCUAAAGAGGUUCCAUACUUUAUUGAUCACAACACUGGAUUUCGAUCUGGAGACUACAAGAUGAUCUUAUCCUAUUUGUUCGAAACCUAUUCAGCAGCUAUCGUAUAAUUUCCACUUUCUGUAAGUGAAAAGUUUUGUGCAUUUGAAAUCAUCACGAAGCCUAUUUAUUGUUGUAUUAAUGUGUGAUGAACAAAGCCUCAGGUAUAGGGCAGAGAAAAUUGUAAACAACUAAUUAUAUAAAAUGAUUGAGUCGACUGAAUCUCAUGACAUUGUUUUAAAGAUAUUGGGAUUGGAUUAUCUUUGCCACUUGGACAGGUUAAACCUGUUGUUGAAUGACUCAGAUCAAUGGAUCUCUAUUGUACCAAAAAGAAGGAAAGGUAUAUGAUAACUAUGGUUUUGAGUUGGCAAAAGAGCAUGUGGUGCUAGUCAUGAUAAAGAUAAAUGUAAUAAACAAUUUUAGAUGCAUGCAUUUUUCCAAUGCU